AUGGCUCUUACUCAUUCAUCAAUACUCUCAAUAUCAUUAAUUAUUCCAAAAAUUGCUGCCAUUCUGAUCUCAGUGGGCCCACAGUUCUCCAUUGGUGUCAACAAUAAUGCCCCAACAACUACAAUCCCGUCGUCUUCCAUCCAACCGGUAACCGUCACCUUAGUUUCUGCUAGCGUUGACACCGAGAUAUUUACUAAUGAUGGACUGACUGAUGCAUCCAAUGGUCCAGUAUCUAUUGAUUUGAAUAGUCUAUUGACCACAACAAUUGUCUCAAAAUCUACCGACCUGUCGUCGUAUUCCAGUAGUAGUAGUAGUAGUAAUAGUAAUAGUGAAGGCUAUGAGUAUUGGAAUGAUACAGCCACUUCUAUUACUACGUCUUUGCCAUCACUAUUGACUAGAAAUGCUAAUCCUUCAAAUUUGGGGUCAGAAAUAACGUCUUUGAUUUCAUCUGUUGGUACGAACAUGCGCUUUUCAAGUUUCAAAAGUGAUAAUAUUAUUUCAAUCACUUCAUCUCCCAAUAUUCUGACUUUCAUUAUAUCUUCAUUACCAGUGAAAACUUCUUCAAAUAAUGGAACAGAUAAUGGUAAUACGUCAAGUUUAUUAUUAUUAUUAUCAUCAGCAUCAACGUCUUCUAGUUAUUCUAGCGUCCCAUAUAAUACAGUAACACUAUCUCCUCCAACCUCAUCUAUUACGUACUAUGGUACCUCACAUCUGAUAAAUCUGUCUUCUAGUGCAUACUACGAAUCUUCAGGGGGAUAUGUGCUUAAUUCUUCUCAAAUCUCUCAUACCUUGCCUAUCAGUUUGAGCUCAAAGAUUGGCAGCAGUUCGAUAGUCAGCUCCAGUUUUAGAGAUUCAAAAUCAAGCUCACCAGCUAUUCCUACUUUAACUACCAGCUCAUUAUCUUCAUCCAUCUUGACUAGUCCAUCUUCAUCAGGCUCACUUUCAAUGGUUGACUUAAGUAUAUCUACAUAUACAGAUAAGACUAUCACUCAAAUCCCAAAAAUUGACUAUUCAGGAUCUUUAUUUUCUCCAAUCGCCACUGCAGAACCAUUAACAGUUUUUCCAAGAACAACCAUCAACAUUACGUUCCCUGAUUAUGUGAAUACCAACACUACCCAGUUUCAACUGAACAAAUUCUAUACCAAUAUGUUACUCGAUGGCCAAAACAAUACCGUUUGGUCAUACCCUUACAGUCUUUUUUAUACAACUUCGGUGGGGGGAAGAGGAGGAAUGGGGGUUUCGUUGGUCAAUAUUUCCGAUAGAUUAUACGAUUAUACCAAUGAUGGGAAUUUACCUACUACUUAUUCCAACCCCACAAUGGCGGCGGCGAUGAUCAUUGGGGCAUCGAAUUUUCAAGAGGUUUUCUUAUAUAUGGAUGAAUACCAAGCAAUGUCGGUCACUGCGGAAAUUAAAACUUCUGAUAAUAAUGGUGGCAUCGAAUUCCCAUUGGUACAAGGGAUGGGGAUGAUCACGGCAAUUUAUCAUGGAUCGUCCUUGAUUCCAGAAAUUGUUGCCCCAGGAUUAUUUUCGCAGUUGGUCAAUGUUAGUAUUGGAAAAUAUAUUGUCACAUUAACUAGUGGAUCCCAAUGGAUCAUUUAUAUUUCUAUACUGAGUAUUGAAUUGGUGUUGAACAACGAUAAGACUAAGAUCACCGCUACCAAUGGGGCCACCGAGGGGUUGAUUGUUCAAGUGGCAUCUCUUACAACCUACUCCAAUGAUACGGUAGACGUGGAAUCCAUUUAUGAUCAAUGUAAUGGAACUUAUCCUAUCAAUGCUACCCUUGUGGCACUGGUUAAUAAUGGGGAUUAUCAGUACGGGUUCGAAUACAAUACGAACUCAGGGAAACCAGCGCUUGUGUUUUUAUUACCCCAUCUUAUAGAUUCGUUAACCGAUAGUUUAUCACUCACUGGUAUUGAAAUGUAUUCGGGGACCAAGGGGAAAAUGGCCAGCGUUUUGGCCAAUAAAGUGAUAUUUCAAGAACUGGCCACCGUUGGCGACGAACCGGGGUGGAUCCCCAUGUCGAUGAACGCUUCAGAAGUGGUUUACAAUAGUUCACAAUUACAAACCCUUCAAACCGCUUUAGAUGAAGAAAUGGCCAAUAUUGGAUGGGAUAUCAAAUCUUUAGUGACGAAUAUUGAUACCUAUACCGCGGGGAAAAUCCUCGAUAAAUAUUCACAAAUGUUGGCGGUGUCGCAUUUUAUUCUUGGGAACAUCACCGCCACUACUGGCGUUCUAGAUGGGUUAAUUGACGCCUGGGAUGGUUAUUUAAAUAAUAGUUAUGGUGUUAAAUAUCCUCUUGGAUACUUGAAUAUUGGUACCAUCGCGGCAAUGGCCACACUGGCCGAGAAUUAUGGAAAUUCGGUGAUGAACGAUCAUUAUUUCCAUUAUGGAUAUUUCAUCCAUUCUGCCGCAGUGAUUGGAGAAGUGGCUGCACAAUUGGCAGGCGAUAACAAAAAUUGGAUCACCGAAAAGGCCCAAAAUUAUGUAGAAUCGUUGAUCCGUGAUGUUGCUAACCCUUCAACUGCCGACCCAUACUUCCCACAAUUUAGAAUGUUUGAUUGGUAUCAUGGCCAUUCUUUUGCUAGUGGGUUAGUCAGCAGCGGAGAUGGCCGGAAUCAGGAAAGUUCCAGUGAAGAUGUGAACUUUGCCUUGGGGUUGAAAAUGUGGGGGAGAGCCAUUGGGUCUGACAGUUUGGAAGCUACAGGAGAAUUGAUGUUAUUGGUGAUGAGACGAGCGAUGAACCAAUACUAUUUCUUUAAUAAUGAUUCGUCCAACGGGGUUAUCCCUGAAGAAUAUUCACCACAUAUGGUUCCGGGGAUUUUGUACGAAAAUAAGUUGACCUACGUGACAUUUUUUGGUACCGAUGUUCAAUAUAUACACGGAAUACAAAUGUUACCGAUCACUGCUGCCCUGAUGUUGAUCAAGAAUCAACAGUAUGUCGCCGAGGAAUGGACGACAUUUGAAUUUGACUGUUUGGUGGGGGAAUCUUUAAACGAGGACCCUUGGGGCCAUGUGUUAAAAUUGAAUCAAGCAUUGUUCGAUCCAGGUGCGGCAUUAGGGCAUUUCACUACAAGCGGAUUUGAUAUCCUGAAAUUGGAUAACGGGCAGUCGUUGACUUGGUCUUUAGCUGUGUGUAUGGGGUUGUCAUGA